UCCGGGAUUUCUCUGGGCCGGGUGUGUAGCGCUCCUGCGUUCGCUGGGAUUGCGGGAGCAGCCGCAGCCAUGUGGGUGGCGUUGGGGCGAUCCCGCUGCUUCUCCCGGACCGGGUCGGAAGCGGCGGUUUGGGGAGGGAGCGGAGCGGCGACGGCCGGAGCCGGGAGUCGGCGGCUGAGCCCCGAGGUCGGCGGAGGCGGUGACAUCGCAGUGCCCGGCCUCAUUCGGGGCCGUCCCCAGUGUCGGGGCCUGCACGGGUCGCCCGUCGCCUGCGGCAAUAAGAAUUUGCUGAAGAAAUUUGCUUCGAAAACCAAAAAGAAGUUCUGGUAUGAAAGCCCUUCCCUGGGAACUCACCUUACACACAAUCCAUCCAGCUUGGAAAGUCUAAUGAAAUGUACUUCAAAGAAGACUAGGAAAGAAGACAGCAUACGAAAGAGGGCCCUGGAUGGCGUUCUUUAUCAAGCAUUGUCAGAGUUGAUCUCUACCUUUGAAGUGAAUGAAGAUGUCCAUGAUCUCAAUGUGGAAUUUUCUAAGGUAUCUCUUGCCCCAGAUUUCUCAGCCUGUCGUGUGUAUUGGAAGACAUCCCUCUCCGCUGAGCAGAAUGACCACACAGAAGCAGUUUUACAGAAGAGUGCGUCACGUUUCAGGCAUCUUUUGAUUGCCCAUCAAGUCCUAAGAAAUGUUCCUCCAAUAGUAUUUAUUCGUGAUAAAGAAAGUGCGGCAAUAGCAGAAGUAAAUCGGUUACUGGAAAUUGCUGACUUUGGACCCUCUGAUGAAAAAGAUUUGACACCAAGUGAUCCAAGUGAACUUAAAGCUUCAGGAGCCUCUGUAUCAUCUCAUGUGUCAGAAUCCACCAUUCAGCCAAGUCUCUUUGGAAUUGACCAUGAGGCACUCCACAAACAGAUAAUGGAGUACAAAAGAAACAAAGGGAAACGGCAAGAAAGUGUAAGUGUUGGAAGUGCUGAGCAAGAGCAGGAGCAGGUAUCUAUGCUGCAGAAGCAAAUGAAGAAGAAAAUGAAGAAGGCAAAGCAUCCCAUGGAUGAUGACAUUACCCCCCAGGAAUAUUUUCUCAACAGAUAUUAUGAUAAUCAGCUGGACAAGGAUGAUACAUUUUUUGAAGAAUAUAAACCAGAGUAUGAACUGCAGGAAUCAUUAGAGAAAUUAGAGUUAGAGGAUAAUAAUGUUUGUAAGGAGCAGAGUUCUUUAACUACAGGUCUUGGAGAAAAUAAACUUAAGAAAUGUUAACUUUUCUGACAGUUUUUAAAAAAAUUUGGUUUGGUUUGCUAUUUAACAUUAAACUGGUCCUAAAUAUCUACUCCUGUGCUAUCAUUAUGCACAUUAUUAUUAUGUGCAUUAUUAUGCUCCUAUUUUGAAAAUUAAAAGUACAUUUUUCCUUUUUCAAAAUGGGAAGUUGGUUAAGGAGACACAUCAAAAAAUUCAGGAAAGAGUAAAAAUUAGUUGGUUAAGAAAAGAAAUCAGUUAUUUCUUCUGAUCUAAACUAGAAUCUGGUUUAUUGCCAUCCCACCAUAGGGUUCAUUGAGUGUCUGUAGCUCAUUUGUGGAUUUAAGCCUGUUUUCCUAUGUAAGGAGGACUUAGAAGAUUGCUUUCUCUCCUUUUCCCUCUCUGUUGUCUUAAUCAUUGCAAUUGAAAAAUAUGUUAAGUGCUUAGUUAUGUAUAGUGCUAUGCAGAGGGUAUUCCCCAGAAGAACCCUAGCCCUGAUAAGAAGCUUUCUUAGUAAUACAAGGACUUUAAAGAAGCAACUCUUCAGGUGGUAGUAUAAACACAUGGAGCCAAAGAUGAGCUGUAGCAGAAAGAAUGAUAAACUUGGAAUGUAGUUCUAUGUGACCUUGAGCAAGUUAAUUAACUUCUCUGGGCCUCAGUUUCCUCAGUUGUAAAAUGAGGAUGUUGGACUAGAUCUCUAAAAGCGCCUUCCAGCUUAAGACCUUUGAUCAUAGAGAAUAUUUUAAGCCCAAUUCUCAGUUGAACUCUCCAAGGUGAGUAGUAUAUCUGCUGAAGCUCUAUUAGAGAGAAAAUUGUUAACUUUUUGUCAGUGGGAAGAGAGGGAGAGCCAAAUUCUCUUGCUUCAAAAUAAACUUAAAGGGGCAUUUGGAUUUACGCCACCCUCAAUUUAGGCUGACUAGUUGGAAAUUGGGCUUAACUGAUAAUAAUAAAAUUGAUUAAUUGAUAAUAGUUAGAAAAAAUAAUAAAAUAUAUCUUCUAGUAUUAAAGAGACUGAGUGCAGUUUGGUAGGCUUUCAAGACCACUUCAUUUCUGCUCAUCUGUUCCUGAGAAGUAGCUUGUUAUUUUAAACUAUGUGCCCUGAAAAUAAUCUCUCAUUUAUAGUUUAUUGUUACCCUGAAAUUUCAGAGUAAGUUGCAAAAAUGCCUAUUAUAUUUUAUGAGUUCGGGCAUUGCACAUGCUUUGAGUUUAGACUUAAACAUUCUCUAAAUUUUUGUUGCCUGACUCUCCAAACUUUCACAUUAGCCUAACUUUGCAUUUAAUAAGAUGAAUUGUUGAUGGUAAUGCACUUUGCAUUGAAGAGACUUUGUGCAUGACUUCAGAAAUAAGGAGUGAGUAGAAGUCAUGAGAUAGAAUACUUUUCCUUCGUAGCCACAGACCUAUUGAUUCAAAAGAAAGGUGAUUACCAGAUUUCAAAUACAGGGAGUUCAUUGAAUUGAAGGGAGAAAUAGUAAAACUAUAAUGUCAGGGAUCUCAACAGCCCCAGUUCAGAUCUAAGCAAAUCUAAAAAGAUAAACAAUAAAAAUUGAUGAUCAGAAGGAAAACAGAAAGCCAGGGAAAAAUUAAAAAUGAUGGAAAAAUUAGUGAUGAUAGACCCCUGGCAAUUAUUGAAUGAGAUCAGAAGGAAAUUUACAUGCUUCUAAAUUAAUAAAAACAUCUUUACAAACACUGACAAUGUAUUGGGGUGUAAAGACCUCAUCAAAAAUGUAAGUACUCAUUAUUUGACAAAAACUACAGGGAAAACUAGGAGGCAGUUUGACAGAAAUUAGGUAUAGACCAACAUUUCAUGCCAUACACCAAAAUAAAUUUCAAAUGGAUACAUGAUUUAAGUAUAAAAGGUAACAUCAUUAGCAGAUUAGAAUAGUAAAAAAAAUUACCUUUCAUAUCUAUGAAAAAAGUUUAUGACUUCAUCUUAGUGGGGAAUGACUAAUGUAAUGGAAUGUUAUUGUAUCAUAAGAAACAAUGAAAUGAACAGUUUCAGUGGAAACUAGGAAGACCUCUGAACUGAUGCAGGAUGAAGUAAGCAAAACUAGAAGAACAAUUUAUACAAUGACAACAACUUUAUAGAGGAAAUAAUUCUGAAAGACUUUGGAAAACCUGGCAAUGCAGUGAUUAACCUUAAGUCCAGAGGACAGAAGAUGAAAAAACACUACCUAUUUCUGACCAAAUGGACUUAAAUUGAAAAAUGGCCAAAUUUAUUUUGCUGGAUCAUACAUAUUUGUUAUAAGGGUUUGGGUUCUUGUUAUUGUUGAACUGGGUGGUACAAUAGUAAGAAGAGAUAAUAAAUGCUUGUAAAAAUAAAUAUUUUAAAAAGGAAAUAAAUGUUAGUUAAUUGAAAAAAAGAACUUGAGAACUUGACAAGAAUUUGACAUCUUUUAAAAAUGUAUAUAGGAUCAUCCAUGCUUUAGAUCAACUCUCUAAAUAAAAACAUGGCACAUCUCAACAAAUA